ACAGUCCUUUAAUAGGGCCAAAGCUUUCUGAAAUGGAUAACAUCAUCAAGAAGAUUCAUACAUCUCUCCUCUCCAAGGAGGAGGGAGAGGUGACUUCACCCCACCUGCUUGUUGUGUGUGGCGACCAUGGGAUGUCUGAAACGGGGAGCCACGGGGGAUCCUCAGAGGGCGAAGUGCGAACGCCCCUGCUUUUCGUCAGCUCUGCUUUCGACAGGGCCGGGGGUCUCCUGAAACCUCCAGAGCUUGUUCAGCAGACUGACUUGGCCGUCACGCUGGCCAUAGGCCUUGGCUUGCCCAUCUCAAGGAACAGCGUCGGGCAGCUUUUGUUGCCUGUUGUGCAGCAGAAGACGGUGAGGGAGCAGCUGCGGUACUUGCAUUUAAAUGGGUUCCAGCUUAGCAGACUCCUCCAGGAGAACAUGGCUACCUAUGAAAAAGAUCCUGGAUUCCAGCAGUUUAAGAUGGCAGAAAAAUCCCACGGAAGUUGGAUCAAGCUCUAUUUGGAAGGGAACACCUCGGAAGUCCUCAGAAACCUUGGCAAAAAAGUUCUCAGGCAGUAUUUAGAGGCCAUCAGGGUCCUGAGCAAUUCCUUGAGCAAGCAAGUGGCACAAUAUGACACGUAUUCAAUGAUAGUGGGAACCAUCAUUGUUCUGGAGGUGCUGGUGCUGCUACUCUUGAGUACCGCAAAAGCUCUAAGCAGCAGGGCGGAACUGGAAGUGCCCCUCUCCCCGUUGUGCUCUCUGCUGUUCUACCUGACAUGCCUGAUGCUCUGUGCGGUUCAUGUCGUCGUGUGCACUUCGACGGAGAGCUCGUGCUAUUUCUGCAGCAUCUCCUGGCUAACAGCCAUUGGAGUGAUCAUGCUGAUUUCCGGGCUUCUCUGCAUCAUUCUCUCUGCCCUGGAAAAGGUGUUUGUGAACCCCAAACAAAUGGCAAAGAAUCCAGCUGCCGCUACUUCCAGCUGGUCUGAAUUUGACGUGCUCAUCCUGGCAGGCACCGUUGGCCAUGUGUCAAGUCUGGGCGCCAGCAGCUUCAUUGAAGAGGAGCACCAAACUUGGUACUUCCUCGUCAGUACCCUCUGCCUCGCCCUCUGCCAGGAGACCUGCAGGCACUAUUUCCUGGCUAAAGACUGCGAUCUUCAGCUUCCCUCUUCAGCCAAAGCAAACCCUGAAGAAGCCAAAGGAGCCCACCACCACAGGGAUGAUGCUGGCUACCUGCAGGACGCCCCAAAAACGGGCAAGGCUGCCAACUCCGAGAGCGCGAGGGGCUCCGAGAAGUGGAUGGCGUUGGCCACUCCAUGGGCUGUCCUUGUUUGCUGCCGUCUGCUUCGCUCGCUAAAUCAGACUGGGGUUCAGUGGGCUCACAAGCCAGAUUUUGGCCACUGGUUGACAAGUUCUGAACAUAAAGCUGAACUUUCUCUCGUGGCAUCUGUAUCUCUAGUUAUGAUUUUUAUUCUUGUGCAGCGGAGAUGUUCUCUGGUUUCAAAAAUAGCAAUGGCACUUGGACUCUUGGGAGUGUACAGUUACCGGGCAGCCAUUGGAAAUGUGGAAUUUCCAUGGCAACGAGACAGCAAAGAUAUUUCAAAGGGCAUAAUUGAAGCACGUUUCGUCUAUGUCUUUGUUCUUGGCAUCGUCUUCACAGGCACCAAAGACUUGCUCAAAUCUCAGGUUCUCUCGACAGACGCCAAGACAAAGUUUAUAGGAUUGUGGGAAAUCUACAGUGGGUUGGUCCUGCUGGCUGCGCUCUUACUCAGGCCUCACAACUUGCCCGUGUUGGUCUUCUGUCUUCUCAUCCAAGCCAUGAUGACAAAGUACGUCUGGAAGCCGCUGGAGUUUGAUGCAGCUCAAGUAACCAUCAUGCAUUACUGGUUUGGACAAGCGUUCUUCUUUUUCCAGGAAUCCUUCAGCCAUGGGGCACGGCUGCUUCUGUUACGCGCUGCUGCGUUCCAUCCCGGUUGCCGUGUACAUCGUCUUGGUCACGGGCCUGCGCUACCACCUCUUCAUCUGGAGCGUUUUCUCGCCAAAGCUUCUCUACGAGGGGGUGCACGUCUUCAUCACGGCAGCCGUGUGCACUUUCUUCACAGCCAUGGAUCACAACCACUUGCGUAAAGUCCAAGACUGAAAGCAACCGUUAAGGCAGAGUCUUGCAUAAUUUCGAGCAACAGACUGAAUUUCUACUAUGGAAUGUGGAUUCUUGCCUUUAGAUUGAUAUUUAAAAGUUAACUGGGUAAUCUAUUUUUGGCAAACACGUUUAUACAUUCAUACAUAUCAACACACACACACAGAGAGAGAGAGAGAGAGAGGUUGCAUUGCAGAGUCUGUCUUGAAGUCCUGUUCCAAGCGUAACAGGCCAUGCGGUCGGGAACUGUAUCUAAAUUUCGGUUGGACUAUAAAUGGAUUGUUGGAUCGUGUCCCUUCCAUGCCAGUUUUCAUUGCCUGCCUUAACUACAGUUAAGCAUCCCAUUGGCAUAGAUGUUGAUUGCAAUGGAAACUAGCCAGGCUCUGUUCUCCAUCUUACUAAACCAGAGCUUGAAGCUGGUUAGUAGGCCCUGGUCAAGUGGGCAUUUGGCUUGACUUAACUAGGAUUAAUACCCAUUGCUGACUGUUAAAUGGUGGUUAUAGUAAUCAGUGGCAAUUGAUGCUGGAAGAGGUCACAGGCUGCCCCCGAUUUCUUAAUUGCACCACAGUUGUGUAUUCACUACCUGGGUUUGAACAUCUGAACAGGAUCAUCUCUUGAGAAGUUCUUACUGGUCUUCAUUCCUUCAUAUUGGAGUUUAGAUGAAAAUCUACCAGGCUUUAACCGAUUGCUGGGGGUAGGGUUCUCUCUAUCACUGGGACUGUAUGUUGAAAUUUUAUUCCACUCCUGCACUGCAUUUCUCAUUUGUUAGUCAUAACUUGAAUAAGUAAAGUUUUUAUUAAAUUCCAUGGAGUGCUGGCUGAUGGACCUCACUCAAAAGGUUUAAA